UUUGCAUAACCAAAAGGGGUUCAAGUGUUCUCAUUUCUUUCAUUCUUUGUUCCUUUACCAAAACCUCGGAAGAACCCUCGUCAUUUCUCACUCUCAAUCUUAGCUCUCCCCCGAUUUUCAAAUCCAUGAAGUUCCUGCGUUGUAUCUCCGCCAAUCGUCAGCCACUGCUCGCAGCACUUGGCCGUCGUCAGUUUGCCGUUUCCGCCGACGAUUAUGCCAAGAGAAACUACGCCAACAAUGUGUCUGAAUACAAUACCGUCAUUGGAUCUCUCACUUCUCAAAGAAGGAUUUACUUGUUGAGGGAUGUAUAUGAUGAUAUGAUGUUGGAUGGAGUGAAACCAGAGAAAGAUACAUUUCGCGCGCUGAUUGCUGGUAGCAUGAAAGGCGUCCGUCUACAGGACUGUUUCUUCUUCCGUGAUCAAAUGAAAUCCAUGGGUUUGAUUCCUGAUGUUGUGUUGUACAACUUCAUGAUCUCAACAUGUGGGAAGUGUAAGAACUCCACUGAAGCAACACGGAUCUUUGAAGAAAUGAAGAAGCUUGAAGUAAAACCUACUGGACAAACAUUCAUCUGUCUAAUCAAUGCAUGUGCAGCCACUGGCAGAGUAGAUCAAGUAUAUGCAAUUAUUCGUGAUAUGACUGCUGCUGGACUUGGUUUAAACAAAUUCUGCUAUGCGGGACUUAUAGCUGCACAUAAGAACAAGACUCCAUUAGCCAAAGACACAUCUGCUAAAAUCUUGGAGCUUGUUGAGCAAUCCAAAGGGUGGUCUUCACUAGAACAGACUAGAGACAGUGCUGAAAAUGUGAUGAUGGGGAUUUCUGAGGAAGAGUUAUAUGAUAUCCCUACUGCUAAUUAUAUUCACAGGAGGGGCGGUUUUGUCCAAAGGUUUUUCACAGUUUAUCAUGUUGCUUUCCAUGCGUGUGCAGAUCUUAAAGAUGUUGAGGCAGUGGAUGCUCUUCAGGAGAUGCUUAAGAAAGAUAACAAAAAUCCUGAUGUUUUCAUACUGAUUCAAAUCAUGAGGUGUUAUCUGAGUCGUGGAGAUAUUGAUCGUGGGGUCAAAGCUUUUGAAGACUACAUGAGCUCAAACAAUCCACCUGUACCAGAGCUUUAUGCUACACUUAUAGAGGGAGCCAUGACUGGUUACACACCCAAGGGUAUGCAAGUUGCUUUGGAGAAGCUGACGGAAAUGACUUCUAGGGGCAUUAAUUUGGUCCCAUCAACGGGAAAUGCUCUUCUUCUUGCAGCAGCUGGUGAAAAGAGUGGAGGGUAUACGAUUGCUAAUAUGGUAUGGGAUCUGAUGCAAGCUCGUAAUAUAACUCCAUCACUUCCUGCUGUUCAAGCAUAUUACAAUGGUUUAAAGGAUCGGGAGAUACCCGCGGAUGAUCCAAGAUUGGUGUUGGUGUCUCGUACUGUUGACAAUUUGCGGGUAAGAUUUGGAAGGAACCCUGGAGGACAAUUUGGAGACAGAAGAUGAUCACAGCAUCUCAUCUAUCAUUUUUAUUUCCUUUUCUAAUAUUUUUUUUUUGGUAGUUGUUGUACACCAAGCAGCACAAGUUUUGAUUAUAGUUGAAGUUUUUAAAUUUUUUUUUUUGCUCCUUUAAAUCAACUUUCCACGCUGCCAAUAAAUGGGCCACUUAGCCUGGUUUGCA